CUAGUCUGCGUGCGUGAGUGGGAGGCGGCGGGCCUGCGACUCCGGCCUUCCCGGCUGACUGCUCCGACGCCGCAGCUCCAGUCAUGAACCGGUUCGGGAACCGGUUGGUGGGAGCCACGGCGAACCCGCCGCCGCCGCCGAAAGCCCGCAGCAAUGAGAACCUCGACAAAAUCGACAUGUCCCUGGAUGAUAUUAUCAAACUGAAUAGAAAAGAAGGAAAGAAGCAAAAUUUCCCAAGACUAAAUAGAAGACUUCAGCAAAAUGGUACCCGGCAAUUCAGGAUGAGAGUACGGUGGGGAAUCCAGCAGAAUUCUGGUUUUGGUAAAGCAAGUGUGAGCCGUAGAGGAAGAGUUUUGCCUGGAAAGAGACGUCCUUAUGGAGUUAUCACUGGCCUUGCAGCUAGGAAAGCAACUGGAAUUCGAAAAGGAAUUAGUCCUAUGAAUCGUCCACCUCUAAGUGACAAGAAUAUAGAACGAUACUUUCCAACGUUAAAAAGGAAGACAAAUCUUCUGAGACAAAAUGAAGUACAAAGGAAACCAGUUGCAGUUCUCAAGAGACCUAACCAGUUAAACAGAAAAAAUACCAUUCCAGCUAAUUUUACCAGGAGCGGAAAUAAACUAAGUCAUCAGAAAGAUACUCGUCAGGCAACUUUUCUUUUCAGAAGAGGCCUAAAGGUUCAGGCCCAGUUGAACACAGAACAGCUGCUAGAUGAUGUUGUAGCCAAGAGAACUCGUCAAUGGCGUACUUCCACCACAAAUGGAGGAAUUUUGACUGUAUCCAUUGACAACCCUGGAGCAGUACAGUGUCCAGUAGCUCAGAAACCACGAUUAACUCGUACUGCUGUACCCUCAUUCUUGACAAAAAGAGAGCAGUCCGAUGUUAAGAAAGUUCCUAAAGGUGUCCCUCUACAGUUUGAUAUAAAUAGUGUGGGAAAACAGACAGGGAUGACUUUGAAUGAACGAUUUGGGAUACUGAAAGAGCAAAGAGCCACUCUCACUUUCAACAAAGGAGGAAGCCGAUUUGUAACUGUGGGAUAGAUCCACGUCAAAGGAACUCUUAAGUGUUGACUGUUUGGAAAGUUGAAUCGCUUGAAGAGUUCAUCAGAGAAGUUCAAGAAACUUUACUUCAGAAUAUUCACAAGCCUAAAUAACUUUAUUUUUGAAGGUUUUUUUUCUAAUGUAUAAAUAAUGCCCUGAAAGAAUAACAGGGGAUAUACCUAUCUGUUCUUAAAGAUUUCAUGGUUGGCCCAAACAAAGCAAUUCUCUAUUGACUUCUUAGAUUCCUCGUGAAGCAGAAGGAAGACAGAAAGAUAGAAGUCGAUUAUUUUUAUGAGUGUGAUAUUUAGGAUCUCAUCACUUUUGUCCAGUUUUUAGACUUUGCCAUGUUUAAUCUUAAACUUCAGAAAUAAGAUUACACCCCUGUGUUGCUGUAACUUAUCACUAAUGUGCUGGGGUAAUAAACAGUCGCCUUUCUGUCAUUGGUGGUGGUUUAAAUUCUAUGAGAAUUUCAGUUUAGCUCUUAAAGAAUUGUGGAAAUAUUUAGAAUUUGGCUCAUUUUUAAGUUAUUGUUAGCUUAAACCCCUGAGUUCUAAACAUUUAGUAUUGAACUUUUAGUAAGAAUGUGGCUCUCAGGAUUAGUCUCAGAUCACAAUGUGUCAGGGCUGGAAAUGCAAAUUUACAAAGUUGUCUGGCAGGGCCUUGCAGGAGAUGCCCAACACAAACCCUGAUAGUUUGUCUCUAGUAAAAAUUUUUUGAAGAAGAAAUGAAAGGCAGUAGCAGAUCGAAGGAUUGAAAGUGAUUAAAAAAAAAAAACCUGAGUUAUAGUUAUACUGUUUGGAUUUAGUGUCGUCUUGAGUCUAGUGUCCAUAGAAUUCUUCUAAAAAUGCUUACAAGAAUUCUAUUUUUUAAAAUGAGUUGAAUCCUUGGAUAUUUUGAUAGUACACUUACUAGACAUAAAAUCCUAUGCUUCGUAUUUUAAAAGUUAUUUUUAAAUGCCUUUAGGCUUGUUAAGUUAAUAGUUUACAACUCCCCAAACAAAAAUCUACUUGCACAUGUCACAAUGAAAAAAAUGAUAAUGAAGUUAUACAUAACUGUACAUGUACAUGUCAUUCUGUUUCUUGUAUCACUCAGAGUUCAGGCAUUUUAGGGAGAAAGGGUUGUUCUCUUACUCUGGAGGUCAGCUGUGCCAAAAUAGUGUUGAGAGUCCUCAUAUAAUUGUACAUCAUAAAUUACAGUAAAAUGCCAAAAUGCAGUAACAUAUUCCAGCUACAGGUUAUCAAGUGUGGUCAUUUUGAAGCUUGACCUUUUGUUUUGCUACGAUUUUAUAUCUCUGGGUGGUUUAAGUAUCUCUGCUGUUCAUUUCUUUUGAAUACCGAGACAAAGUACUAUGCUUCCUGCCUGCCUUCAAUGCAUCCUAGACUCCAUUGUCUUUGAUGCUCUUUAGAAUUUCAUACUGGCUUAUGCUAGUCAUGGGAAAAUCAGCAACAAUUUCAUGCUUAUACCAAAGAUCUAAAUCUGAUCCUCAGUGUCUGUUAUUUGCUAGUACUUCUACUUGAUAAGGGAUUUUUGGAAGCCAAUCACAGAAUUUGAAAAUAAACUCCAAUUUCUCCUUAGCUGUGAUGCUUUUCAUUGAGGCCAAGGACUCAUUAUAAAACAUUUUGCCAAUAUGAAUAUUUAUAUUUGGUUCAGGAACAAAACAUUUUAGAGUGGUUUGCUGGUAGCUUAUUUUCAAGCAAAGGAAAAACAACUGAGCAUGAACAGUAUCUUUGGGACAAUUUGUGAAAAUAUGGUAUAAAAGUCUUUGUUUUUUGUUGUUUUAAAUAUUAUACAGAGGUAUUAGUAAUUCCAUUUUUGGAAACAUAUUAAAAAUUGCCCAAAUGUUGACACUAAGUACAUUGAAAAGCAGUGUCUUUGGUAUAGUAAAUGUUUGCUCUUCAUGCAUCUGUAAUUUAAUUUUCUUUCAAAGUAAAUUUUGCUUUUGAUACAACUAAGUUAAAACUCAUGAGUGCUAUGUUGUAUAUAAACAAAACAAUAUGCUUUGUUGGAGGAAACUUUCCUUUUUUGGAAUGUGGUUGUAGUCAUCCUUGUUCAGUUAUCGAAACCUUUUUUUUUUAAUUUAAACAGGGUGCAACUUAAAAUUUCCUUUGCAUCAAGGUGUAUGCAAAACAUUGAUGCAGUGCAUCACAAAAUGAAAGUUUGUAUUUAAUGAGGAGGUGCUUUACAUUGUACUUUUUGGUGUUUUUUGGAAAAGUUACAUUAGAUUUAUUCUGAAGCUGUUCAUUUUUGACAAAUAAAAUGUAACAGGUUUCACAUGAGUUGUUCUGAGCUA